CUGAUCGUGACCUAUCGAUAGCGCAGUACUCAUUUUAUCGAUAAGACACGAUCAAAUAUUGUUUUGUAUAUUAUAUAUAAUAUUAUAUAUAAUUGUGAAACCCGGGAGAAUUCACCCGCCAUGCGAUGUCCUUUGUAGUGGGGCUUCCGGGCAUUGGCAAAGGACUCUCGAGCUGGCAGACAAACAAAACUGAACCGCAGACAACCCACUCAAUUGGAGUUGGCUCCUUUAAAAGUUCAUUCGUUUGUAAAUAAUUUUUAGCCGGCGGCAAAAUCGAUACUUCGCUUAAGAUUUUUGCAUAUAUAGCGACCAUCGCUCUGAAAAUUUUGUCAAGCUGCGCAAAACUUUCAACGCCAGCCGACGAGCAAAGUUAUAUGAGCAGCGUAUGCCGAUAAUGCAUAAGAGAAAAGUCGGGGGGAAAAGACGUAGAAAUGGCAGAAGAAGAAGGAGAAGGAGAAAUGAGAGCAUAAGCCGGUAGGCUUCGACCAGAUAGCGGUGGACAUGGACGACGGAGCGAGAUGGUACCGGGAGAUUUAUGAGAUCUUUGACGUGACACUGGUGCCACCACGUCAGUUCAUCUGUCACGAUUUGGCACCGUACCACGAACCGAAGCCCGAUUCACCUGACCAGGUGUUCGAGUACAAGGACUUCCUGAGCUACCUGGGCGUCCUGCAAACUCUGCCUUUGGACACCUUGCAGCUCCUCGAAAAGCAACUCUGAUGGUCCAAAUGGCAUCGAUUCCUCGACGGCCUCAUCCUACUCCUCUGCCCGACGACCUUGAUGAUGAUGAUGAUGAUGAUGUGGCUGUGCAAGAUGACAGCGAUCGUGCUGCGUGGCAGUAACAGCAAAUUUGCAUUACCUGGGCAGGUGUGUUCCUGCUUCCACUUCCCCAAAUGAGCUUAAUGCCAGUCGCGUUUAAACGAGGGCUGAAUGAAAAGUUUGUAGUUUGACUAACAAGCACAUUUUAGCACAUUUUUUAAAUGUUUAAUAAAAUGUCCUUUGAAUUUUA